UCUUAUUAUACAGAGAGAGAAGAAAGAAAAAGAAAAACAGAAAGAGAGAGAAACCCUAGAAAAGAAAGUUUGGAUCUUUUUUCAUGUGUCAGUUACCAGAUAAAUUUUGUUUCUUUGGCGCAUUUUAGCUUUUAUUAACUUGUAGAAGAUCAAAUUAUUACACUUCCUUCCACUUUGUGUUGUGUUUAGAGGGUCCUCUUACUUUCUUUCUUUUUCUUGUGUGCUCUUUUAAAGCUUAAAUCAAGAGCCUUUUCUUUUUUAUAAUUUUAAUUGCCAAUCAUUAUCUUUUCUUUUUUGGAAUAUAACUUUUCCCACUUGAGAUCUUUUGAGCUUUUUUCUUUAAUCUUUUUGUUUUUUCCUUUAAAAUUCUAAUUUUAGAAACAAAAACAAAAUAAAGAGAGAGAGAGGCGUUGGUUGGUGAUAUUUGAAGUUCAGAUCUGAAGAAGCUAAGGUUGUUUCAAGAAAUGUCUCUUAGUUAGUUCUUUAGUUCUUUUUGACUUUUUAGUAACAACCCAUUUGCUUCUUUCUCUUCUUCAUGUUUCGUCUUCUUUAAAAUUUUAAGUUUUUUCUUGGAACUAUUAUUAUUGUCUUUGCUUUGUGGGUUUUGUGCGUUUUUGGGUUCUUGACUCUUGUUGGAGCUUUUGCUUUCAAGAAAAGGUUUAAUUUUUCUUGCUUUGAGAGGCAAAAAAGAAAAAGAAAAACUAGCUUUCACUUUGCAUUUCUUGCUUAAUUUCUUUUCCCUCUUAGAGAGAGAGAGAGAGAGAGUUGGGAGAUGCUGGCUAUUGGGAGCCCAACAAUCAGUGUGCGUACAAGCACCAGCUGCAAUGCGUUACUCAGAGAACUUCAGCAAAUUUGGAAUGACAUUGGUGAGACUGAAGCAGAAAAAGACAGAAUGCUAUUGGAGUUGGAGAGGGAAUGCUUGGAGGUUUAUCGGAGAAAGGUUGAGGAAGCUGCCAAUGCCAAAGCACGACUUCAUCAGUCUGUUGCAGCAAAAGAAGCUGAACUCGCGACACUGAUGGCUGCACUUGGGGAACUCAGUAUUCACUCACCUACUCAAACAGAGAAAAGGGCAUCAUCAUUGAAACAAAAACUUGCAUCUGUUACACCACUGGUGGAAGAUCUGAGGACAAAGAAAGAGGAGCGGAUGAAGCAAUUUGCUGAUAUAAAGGCACAGAUUGAAAAGAUCAGUGGGGAAAUUUCUGGAUACAACAAUCUUAACAGUUCUUUGAUAAGUUCCUUCUCUUUGGAGGACCAGGAUUUGUCACUAAGAAAGCUUAACGAAUAUCAAACACAUCUUCGCACCCUUCAAAAGGAGAAGUCUGAUCGCCUACAUAAGGUUUUUGAAUUUAUCAAUGAAGUCCAUUCUCUUUGUGGUGUGCUUGGGUUGGAUUUUGGCCAGACUGUUAGUGAUGUACAUCCAAGCUUACAUGGCGUAAACCAAGAACAAUCCACAAAUAUAAGCAAUAGUACUUUGGAAGGUUUAGAACAGGCCAUUGUCAAGUUGAAAUUGGAAAGAAAAGCUCGAAUCCAGAAGCUGAAAGAUAUUGUGUCAUCAUUAUUUGAGCUCUGGAAUUUGAUGGACUCGCCAAAAGAAGACAAAAAUAGCUUUUCAAGAAUAACAUCUAUCCUUGGGUCAUCGGAAUCUGAAAUCAUUGAACCAGGUGUCCUCUCAAUAGAGAUAAUUGAACAGGCAUCAGCAGAAGUGGAGAGGCUUAUGAAAUUGAAAGCAAGCAGAAUGAAAGAACUUGUUAUGAAAAGGAGAUCAGAGUUGGAGGAUAUAUGCAGAAUGACCCAUAUUGAACCUGAUACAAGUACAGCUGCUGAGAAAUCCAAUGCAUUGAUAGAUUCUGGUUUUGUGGAUCCUUCUGAACUUUUGGCAAGCAUUGAAGCCCAGAUAGUCAGAGCUAAAGAGGAAGCUAUGAGCCGAAAAGAAGUCAUGGACAGGAUUGACCGGUGGCUUUCAGCUUGUGAGGAGGAAAAUUGGCUAGAAGAGUACAACCAAGACAGCACCCGGUACAGUGCUGGAAGGGGUGCACACAUUAACCUUAAACGUGCAGAAAGAGCUCGAAUUACUGUUAGCAAAAUUCCAGCCAUGGUUGACAAUCUAAUAAGCAAAACUCUUGCAUGGGAAGAAGAAAACAAGACAUUAUUCCUCUAUGAUGGGGUAAGGUUGGUGACAAUUUUGGAUGAUUACAAACUGGCCAGACACCAGAGAGAAGAGGAGAAAAAGAGAUACAGGGACCAGAAGAAACUCCAAGAUCUGCUGCUUACGGAGAAGGAAUUAAUGUAUGGCUCUAAACCCAGUCCAAGAAAAACUAACAGCUUUAGAAAAUCGAACGGUUAUCGCGCAAAUGGAAAUGGUUCCAUGACUCCAACACCCCGUCGGAACUCAGUUGGCGGUGCAACUCCUGAGCUUCUCACACCCCGAUCUUAUUCUGGACGUCAAAAUGGAUACUUCAAGGAAAUGAGAAGGUUGUCUACAGCACCACUAAACUUUGUGGCAAUAUCAAAAGAAGAAACAAUGUCAUUUGCUUCUGUUUGUGGUUCUGAGCCAGGCUCUCCUCCACAAGGCUAAGUUUAGAAAAAAUAUGAAUGGUGGCAUUAUAGAAAUUCAGUAACUCAACACUUCAACUUAAAGCAGUGGAAGCUUGUGAAUAUCAAACAGAUGUACACUAAUGUAUGAUUGUGAUGUCUUAGAAGAACAUGGAGAAUAGCUACUGACACAUGCAGUUGGGAUGCUAUUUGCUUUGAAGAAUAUGAGCUUCUGAAAGGAGGUCAAAACACUGGUAGAUAAUAGUUUGGAAGUACCUGUUAACCUCAAGUCUUGUUUCCCAGUAUAGAGGAUACCAAUAUGGUAGUCUGUAGUAGUAGUACACUGACCAUGUCUUUUUGUGGAUUUUGCUUGUGUUUUGCCUUUCUUUGUAUAUAGUGAACUCCAGCGUGUUGGGCUAUCAUUUGAUUUAGAAGCUUGUUAUAUUUGGAGAUGCAUAUUGUAGGAUCUUUGUGAUGCCAUACUUAACAUGAAAUAAAUGUCUUUCAAUCUA